GCUGCAAAAUCUCCCAGAGAGCAACGUCUCCAAUUCAUUUACCAGUUUGUCUGAGGGAGAGAACAUAUAUCUAAACCAACAGGUCACAGAGGUAACAAGGGCCUCGACCAUGAAGUUAUCUUUUGUUCUGGUUUUUGCAUUCAUCCUCCCGCUCAUCAGGGCUCAGGUGCCCCAUUGGGGACCAUGUCCAGAACCAGACGUUCAACCGGCCUUCAACCUUAAACAGUUCAUGGGGAGAUGGUUUGAAAUUGGCAAACUGCCGGCCCAGUUUGAGAAGGGACGCUGCAUCGAAACCAAUUUCACUUUGACGACAGACAACUCCAUUCGAGUGGUCAGCUCUGAAAUACUAAAAGGAGAGCUGAGGAAAAUCGAAGGGACUGGAGUCAUAGAGGAUCUGAAGAAUCCGGCCAAGCUGGGAAUAAGUUAUUCCUACGUCCUGCCCUACUCCCCAUAUUGGAUACUGUCCACUGACUACGUGAACUCAGCCCUGGUGUAUUCCUGCACGGAUGUCCUGAGGCUCUUCCACGUUGACUUUGCCUGGAUCCUGGGCCGAACACGAACCUUGCCGGACUCCACCAUCGAGAAAGCCAGGGAGAUCUUCGCCAACAACAACAUCGAUGUGAGCAGGAUGAUUGCCAGCAAACAGCAAGGGUGUGACAAAACUCUCUGAGCAGCAAUGGAAAUGCAACACAAGAUGGCGCUGUAGUUGAUGGGAGGGAAAAGGUGUUUUAUCAUCUGUUUCCGAGAAAUAUGGUGAUUGUGGCCAAGAGGGUAGACUAAUCUUAGCUUGUUUAUAUGUAUCAGACAAUAAAAAUGUUUAUAGCACAAAAUAACUGUAUGCUUAUACUGUGCAUUACAUUAAGUAGGGGGUGUGUGAGGGUGUUUUGAGUAUAGCAGAAAUGUUCUGCAAAGUUUUAGCCAUUUAAGCUGUUCAUUUAUAGUAUAAAACAAUAGAAUCAUAUUGGAAGAUAUUAAUAAAUUUGAUGUUUAUAACAAACUGGAAACAUAAAGCAUCUAAUUAAGAGUCAGUGAAACUUAUUUCAUACAAUCUUCAUUGAUUCUGUCGCUGCACCUUUUUCAUGGAAACAUACUGUAUCAACAUCAGUGUGUAGCUCAGGAUUUCUAUAGACCCCGGGAUGCACACUUAUAUAAAGUCAAAAAUAAAAAAGUAUUCUUUCUUCUUUAA